AGUCGUGCUUAGCCGGUGGACGUUGGUUCACUACUCUUCAGUGAAGAUUGAGCGCGUCAAACGAGACGACAUCCAUGGCUAGUGUAAGUGUAGUGAAGAGAAGGAAAUGCUGUACAAAAGAUCUAUUAUUCAUGUUAUUGUGGUGAUGGCAAGCGAUAAUAAAGAGAUAGGCAGCAUCGCGAACAGAGGCCGCACAAUAAUCGUCUCAAUCUCGCAUCAGAUUGAGUUAAAGCCAGAACGUGUGUCCUGCGUUGAGCCUUCGAGGGAAAUUUUCUACGAUAUUAGUAAUAUCUAGCCACGGGUUUUCAGAUCAAACGUUAUUGGCUCUGUGUAUCAGAACUUAAAAGUCACAGCCCGCCGCAAAAAUAUCGAAUCGGAUAGGAAUGCUCAAGUGUGUCGCGCCCGCACGCUGCUCACAACCCAUUGUGCCACUCCUACACGCUGACCACAGGCUGAAUGAUAGUGCCGGGGGGGCCUGUUGACAUAAAUCCGGCGACAUGCUCCUUUCUUCCGUCUGUGUCGGGACACAGUGUUAAAUGAAUCCUGCUGAACUCAAUCAGUACCAACCAGUCGCUACCUUUGAGAAGCUCGAAAGCUCACAUUUCUACAAAAUGGAAAAGGGUAGUCCAUCGCGCCAGUUUAUGGCUGGCAUUAUCGUAAACCUGGCCUCGGUUAUGGUUGGCACCUCGCUGGGCUGGACCUCACCGAUUGGGCCAAAGUUUGCCUCGAAAGACGCCACACCGCUCGAUUCGAUCCCGACGACAUCGGAAAGCUCCUGGAUUGCAUCCUUGGUAGCCCUUGGUGCACUGAUCGCACCUUUCAUAGCUGGCCCGCUAGCGGAACGGAUUGGCCGCAAGUACACCCUGCUCGGCAGCUCGGCUUUCUUCAUCGUGUCCUGGGUGUUGCUGCUGACGACGCAAACCGUUAUCCAAGUGCUAGUGGCUCGCUUCCUGCAAGGUUUGGGCGUUGGCUUUGUGAUGACCGUGCAGACAAUGUACAUCGGAGAGAUCGCCAGCAGCGAGUAUCGUGGUGCGCUCGGAUCCCUUAUGCAGCUGUGCAUCGUUACCGGUAUUCUGUACGUGUACAGCAUCGGCCCGUACGUCUCGUACCACGCGCUACAGUGGGCCUGCCUGGUAAUACCGAUCGCGUUCGAUGCGACCUUCUUCUUCAUGCCCGAAACGCCCGCCUAUUACAUCUCGAAGGGCGACAAAGAGAAGGCCGUCGAAUCGUUGUGCUUUUUGCGCGACAAAACCGUGGACGGUGUGCAGGAGGAACUGCACGAAAUAUCGACCACCGUGGAGGAGUCGCUCAAGAACAAGGGUACCGUGCUGGACCUGUUCCGCAAUGCCGGCAACGUGAAGGCACUGAUCAUCUGUGCUGGACUGAUCAGCUUCCAGCAGCUGUCCGGCAUCAACGUGAUUCUGUUCUACAGCCAGAACAUCUUCGAAAGCACGGGCAGCAGUUUGUCGCCGGCCGUUUCUACCAUUCUCGUCGGUGCGGUGCAGGUGUUGGCGAGCGGUGCUACACCACUGAUCGUCGAUCGACUCGGACGCAAACCGAUCCUACUAACGUCGGCCGGCGGCAUGUGCCUGUCGCUCGGUACAAUGGGACUCUACUUUUACCUCAAGUACGUCGAAUCACCGUCCAUCGACAGUCUUGGCUGGUUGCCCAUUAUGUCGCUCAUCUUUUUCGUCACGGUGUACUGUAUCGGGUUUGGGCCGCUGCCGUGGGCAGUGCUGGGGGAGAUGUUCCCGGCGAACGUGAAAUCGAUCGCUUCGUCGAUCGUCGCGUCCACCUGUUGGGUGCUGGGCUUUAUUAUACUGCAGUUUUUCUCCGACCUUGACAAGGCCGUCGGUUCGCACUGGUCGUUCUGGAUCUUUGGCAUCCUGUGCGGUGUCGCGUUCGUGUUUACUUUCACGACGGUUAUGGAAACCAAGGGACUUAGCUUACAGGAGAUUCAGGACCGGCUGAACGGUAAAGCCUAAUGAGUUGGUAGUGGUGCUCAAAUGAUUGUUGAUGUAGCGUUACUAUAUGUUACUUGCUUCGCUAGGCCAGUGUAGUAAGCUUUCCAAAGCGCACCAAAGUGAUACGUUUGUUAGGGAACGACGCGCUCACGCUCGUGUUGACAUGUAUUGUGUUACUUUGCUAUUAUUGUGUUACUUUACUUGAAUAAAAAAAAAGUAUCUGUACUUGUAAGUAAUGGAG